UCGCCCGGGGAGGGGUCCCGACCCCAGGCUGCUGUCCGCCGGGGCAGUGCCGGAGCCUCCGCCUGCGGAGCACGGCCGGGGAGGCGCAGCCCCCGGAACCCCGGGGCCUGGGCGAGAUCUGCCUCCUGGAGACCCCACCCGUCCUCGCAGAAGAGCCCGGAAAGAAGACAUGGCUCUUGGACCGAGGGAAGCAAGGUCUCGAGUGUCGGUGACCUUCGAGGAUGUGGCUGUGCUCUUCACGCGGGAUGAGUGGAGGAAGCUGGGUCCUUCUCAGAGGAACGUGUACCAGGAAGUGAUGCUGGAGAACUACAGUAACCUGGUCUCACUGGGACUCCUGUUUUCCAAACCAAAAGUGAUCUCCCUGUUGCAGCAAGGAGAAGAUCCCUGGAGGGUAGAGAAAGAAAGUCCUGGAGGCCCCUCUCUAG